CUUUCCUUCCCCCCCCCCCUUUCCGGCUCCUGUCUCCUUUUGGCCGUCAUGGCGGCGCCCGUCUGUCCGCUGCUCGUUUUGUCGCUCCUGCUCCUUUCUUGGCUUCCCCCGCCGGCGGGCGCCGUCUACGAGGACCAAGUGGGCAAGUUCGACUGGAGGCAGCAGUACGUGGGGAAGCUCAAAUUCGCCUUUUUGGAAGCCUCCCCCGCCUCCAAGAAGCUGAUUGUGGCUACGGAAGAGAACGUGGUGGCUGCCCUGAACUCCCGCAGCGGUGAAAUCCUGUGGCGACAUGUGGACAAAGGGACUCCUGAAGGAGCAGUGGAUGCCAUGCUGAUCCACGGGCAAGAUGCCGUCACGGUUUCCAACGGAGGUCGUCUCCUGCGCUCUUGGGAAACAAACAUCGGUGGCCUGAACUGGGAGGUUUUGAUGGACGCUGGCAGCUUUCAGGUGGCUAGUUUGGUGGGAGUCCAAGACGCUGUGAAGUAUGUGGCCGUUUUGAAGAAAAGCGCCCUCCUCCUCCAUUAUCUCUCCAACGGUUACCAAAAAUGGAUAGAACAUUUGCCAGAAAGCGAGAUUGUCCAGUAUCAGCUGGUCUAUUCCCACGGAACAGGCGUGGUGCACGUGGUCGGAAUUUCUCCGCAAAGCCACCUCAGCAUCCUGACCUUCAGCGUUGAGGAUGGGGAAAUGACGAGACAGAUCAGGGUGGCAGCUCCCUGGUUGAGGAAUCUAGCUGGGACUUGCAACAUCGUAGAGGAAGCCACGCUCGUGUGCGUGAACCCAGCCACCCAAUCCCUUUACACCUUGUCUCUGGAGGCAGAGGAGGAGAUGAAGGAGGUUCCGCUGCAGUCUCUCGGCCUGGAAUUUGCGGACAUUUCCGAGGCCCGUAUCCUGUCCUCUCAGCCGAACCCAGCCAGAGCUCCCCGGCCUCAGUUCUUCCUGCGUCUGUCGCCAACUCACUUCGCUCUCUUGCAAUAUCGGCACGGCGUCUUGAGCCUCCUUCGGAAUUUCCCACAGGCCAGCCUUGCGACUUUUGCGACUACCGGUGAGAAGACGGUGACGGCCGUCCUGGCCUGCAAGGGCGAAGGGGAAGGCCUUUCUUGCCCCGCCCAGUCCUACACCGUCAACUUGUACCUGGCUGAAACCGGGCAGAGACUUCUGGACACCCUCAUCACCUUCACUCUGGAGAAAAGUAGCAUCAGGCCUGAGCAGCUCUUCAUUCAGGUCUUUUUAAAGAAGGACGACUCCGUCGGGUACCGCGCUUUGGUGCAAACAAAAGAUCACCUCCUCCUGUUCCUGCAACAGCCAGGAAAAAUUUGGUGGAGCCGGGAGGAGUCCCUGGCCGAGGUCGUUAGCCUGGAGAUGGUUGACCUGCCCUUGACAGGGGCCCAGGCGGAACUGGAGGGCGAAUUUGGGAAGAAAGCCGACGGCCUCCUGGGCAUGUUCUUCAAACGCCUGUCCUCUCAGCUCAUCCUGCUCCAGGCCUGGACCGCUCAUCUCUGGAAGAUGUUCUACGACGCCCGGAAACCCCGGAGCCAGAUGAAGAACGAGUUCAACGUCGAUAACUUAGCCCGGGACGAGUUCAACCUGCAGAAGAUGAUCGUGAUCGCCACAGCCUCCGGAAAGCUUUUCGGAAUAGAGAGCAGCUCGGGGACGAUCCUAUGGAAGCAGUUCCUUCAGGACGUGCGUCCAGGCUCUUCCUUCAAGCUGAUGGUCCAGAGGACGACGGCGCAUUUCCCCCACCCCCCACAGUGCACCCUGUUGGUCAAGGACAAGGAGUCGGGCCUCAGCAAACUCUACGUCUUCAACCCCAUCUUCGGCAAGUGGAGCCAGGUGACCCCCCCGAGGCUGAGCCGCCCCGUCCUUCAAUCCAUCCUGCUUCCCAUCAUGGACCAGGAUUACGCCAAAGUCCUGCUCUUGAUUGAUGACGAAUACAAGGUGACCGUCUUCCCGGCCACCAAGAACGUCCUGCGGCAGCUGGAAGAAAUUGCCCCCUCCAUCACUUUCUACCUGGCGGAUGAGAAACGGGGGAAGUUGAUGGGACGGAGGCUGAGAAGGGAUCUGGCAACUGAAGAGACAUGGGAUGUUACCAUCCCUCCUGAUCUGCAGCGCAUCGUGACGGUGAAAGGGAAGCGGGCCAAUGAGCACGUCCACUCUCAAGGCCGAGUGAUGGGUGACCGCAGUGUCCUGUACAAGUCACUGAAUCCCAACCUGCUGGCUGUAGUGACCGAGAGCACAGACACCCACCCGGAGCGCUCGUUCAUCGGAAUCUACUUGAUCGAUGGCGUCACCGGCCGGAUCAUCCACUCCUCGGUGCAGAAGAAGGCCGAGGGGCCAGUGCACAUUGUCCAUUCGGAGAACUGGGUGGUGUACCUAUAUUGGAACGCCAAGGCCCGUCGGAACGAGUUCACGGUGCUGGAGCUGUACGAGGGCACCACACAAUACAACGCCACGGCCUUCAGCUCCCUGGACCGGCCCUACUGGCCCCAGGUGCUGCAACAGUCCUACAUUUUCCCCUCCGCCAUCAGCGCCAUGGAAGCCACCAUCACCGAGCGUGGUGUCACGAGUCGCCAUCUGCUGAUCGGACUUCCCUCGGGGGCCAUCUUGUCCCUCCCCAAGGCUUUGCUGGAUCCACGCCGGCCGGAAGUCCCCACAGAGCAGACGAGGGAAGAAAACCUGAUCCCUUAUUCCCCGGAUGUUCAAAUCCACGCCGAGAGGUUCAUCAACUACAAUCAAACCAUCUCUCGAAUGAGGGGCAUUUACACAGCCCCAUCGGGCCUGGAGUCCACUUGUCUGGUGGUGGCUUAUGGGUUAGACAUCUACCAGACCAGAGUCUACCCCUCCAAACAGUUCGACGUGCUCAAAGACGAUUACGAUUAUGUCUUGAUCAGCAGCGUGUUGUUUGGGUUGAUCUUUGCCACCAUGAUCACCAAGAGACUGGCUCAGGUGAAGCUGCUGAACCGUGCCUGGCGGUAACAGGAGAGAUACAGACUGAUCUGCCCUUGAGGGCGCACGGCCGAGCCCUCGCCAGGGGAUCCCGGUGGGUUGCAGCCUCACCCCCCCGUCCUUCGAUGCCUGCGCUGCAAAACUGCUUCGCCGUGGGACUUUCUUACGACAAUUUUCUGUGGAAAAUGCAGGAGAUGAAUCUGAAAAAAAAUGGAUAUAAACCGGGGCAUAAGUGAGCCUGUUCAAACUUUAGUGUCUCUAGCAAGGAAUUCAAAGAGAGACAUUUCCCCACAUUGAAUUUUUAAACUUUUCUUCCUUAAUUGGCUCUUCCCCCCCCCCUCCUUUUGUCUUAUAGUUCCCUAAUUUAUAUUGAAUUUUUUCGGUCGGUCCAGAUUUGGGUUAUGGGAAUACUUGAAGCUCGUUGGGAAAAAAAAGGCAAGUCUGCCUUUCUAAAUGAAAGAUUUUUCCUGAAUGUGUUUUUCCUCUUUUCUCCUGGUCGGUUUAUUUAUAUUUAUUCUGGGGAGGGUUUUGGGUCGCGGUGGGUAGAGUCUAAAUCUGGAGUUUGCAGGGUAGAAAUUGCAUUUUCUGUCGGAAAAAUGUGAAGUCAGACCUAAUUCCCCCUGUAUGCAGAUCAGGCACAGCAGAAAUAAAAGAAAAUAACAGUGAUUUUGCUUCUUUGGCUCCCUGGUGGUGUGUUUAACUGGCAGGUUCCCCUGGAAAUGAAGGCUUGCAACCCGUUGCCUAAGGAGCACCAUUAUUUUCACCAACUUUAUUAAAUUUAAAAAUAUAAAGACUAUAUAAAAUAACAAAAUAUUUUAGAUUGCAAGCUCUUUGAAUCAAUUUAUUUAUUUGUAUUUUAAGCCAUUAAUG